AAAUUUUCUUUCCCUGUGAAGCAAUUGCAACCACCCAAGGAUGGCUCUCUAUUUAUAUAGAGGGAGUCAACUAACAAGGUUUUGCAAUUGAUGAAUUCUUUGUUGUAUGGCUAACCAGAGCAUGUGCAUUGAUUGUGAUUUCUCACAUUAGGCAAUAAGUGCUUCUGUUCUUUAUCUUGUAAUUUUCGUUACACCUGUUUGAGAAAAUCUAGCAUGGAGAGUGCUACAACAAGGAAGAGGAAGAUAGAGAAUGUUGAAGAGCAAGAGAAGAAAGGGCAACAAGAGACAGAUUUGGAAGAUGAUGAUGAUGAUGAUGAAGAGAAGAUAGAGAAGUUCUUUACUUUGGUAAGAAACUCAAGAGAUCUUAUGAGGAGGGGAUCUAAUGCAUCCAAAGAGAAAGAUAAGAAGAAACCUGAAGCUGCUGCUGCUGCUUGGAAUCCAUCAUUCCAGCCAGAAGAUUUCAUGCAAGAUAUUGUUAAGGAUGGUAAAGGAGUUGCUGGUCCUUCUACGACAGCAGAAGAACAACAAAAACAGAAGAAAGAAGCGGAAGGAGGAAACAACGAAUUAGAUCUAAAUCUUUCUUUGUAGGAAUGUAUUGGUAGUUUCUUUUCCUACUUGCAUGUAGAAAAUAAAAUCCCAAAAAGUUUUCCACAGUUAUUAUUAAUAUUAUUAUUAAGAAUUGACCA